CGCACGCCGGUCGUUGAAUGGAGCGGGUGUGGAGACGCGUACAGGGUGCCGGGCGCCGCGGUGCUGCAGCUCGUUGCGGCUGCCCCGUGCAGCCGUGUCAGUUGCACGUGGACCAACGCGCGAAGCGCGGCGGCGGCGGCCGUAAAUCUCGCGGGCCUCAGACCAUCGUCUGUGACUGUCAAGUGCAGCCGUGCCCAGUGCAUCCGGUGCUGAUCAGGGUUCGUCGUGCGCGACCGGCCAUCGCAGCCACCAGCUGUGACUGUCCGCUAGACGCACAGCCUUGUCCGCAUGCACAACAGCGGGGAUCGGCCGCGAGAAGAAUCAGAAGAUGCGAGUGCACGGAUCGUUCCUGCCGGCACACAGCCUGCGGCGUUGGUACCCGUCGCCGCGCAGCUCCACACUCCUCUUCUCCUGUCUCUUCCACGCAGCUGCAGCUGCAGCUGCAACAAGCGCAGCAGCGGCAGCCGUGCGGGUGCGCCGACGAGAGAUUAAGCUGCGCUCACACAGGCGGCGGCGAGGCGCCGUGCGAGUGCGAGUGUGGCGAGGAAGCGAAGCCGUGUCCGCACACGGUCAAAACGCGGCGGACGCGUCGCACGUGCGACUGCAGUUGCAGCGGCACGCAGCCUUGCGGCCACAAGCCGCAGCCUGAAGGUCGCAUCAAGCGGGUGAAGUGCCGCGUGAGGCGCGCCGGCUGCGCGAUGGCCCGAUGCACCGCCGAGCUCGCGAUGCUGCACCUGCACUGGGAGCUCGCCACCGAAUGUGCGCCCUGCAGGCCGCGCGCGCUCACGCGCCGGCUCUGCAGGAGGCAACAGAGCGACAACGAGCUCUACCGCAGCAACAGCUUCAAGUUCGAGCGUUUCGAGAGAACCAAGGACGAGUGCGUCACGCCGCUCCGCAAACAAGUGUCGCUGUGUGACGAUUACAGUCUGCCCGUGGAUUUCGUGAACAAGAGACGUCCUGCGAGCGCCGCAGCCGCGACUUCCACGGUGCAAUGGAUGCUGCCGAGCCCGACCGUGGAGAAUGCGGAAGUCGAGGUUGUGGAACAAUACAGCGAUCCCAGGGACAGCAAGAGUAAAGCGUACGUGGAGCCGGGAGCGGAGUCGUCCUUGCCGGCGACUUACAGCAGGGCGAAUCGCAACUACUGUCGACCUUACACAGAUCCAUCGGCAUCCGGCUCGUCCUGCGAGGACGACGAGGAGGGUCGGCUCGUGAGAGUUCGGAAACGGAAGAACAGUCUCUACGCAUCCUCGUCAACCCGAGCACCCUCGGCGGAUCGGGAUACUUUAGCUUCGACCGAUGGUCUCGUCGUAGACUGCGUCGCUCUCGUGCACCUGACCGACCAAUCUCCGACCGAAUCCAAUCAACCGGUGCGCCAUCCAUCGCCGUAUUACUACGGCGACCUCUUCAAGGUCCCGGAGCAAUUGCCUACGAAAUCUCAGCCGGGCAAGUAUCGCAAGAGCGUCAGCCUCGAUGUGCCAGGCGAGCGUUCGCGCACACCCGGUAUACCGAAGAGGAACUCGGUAGCGGGUGAUGGGGGCUCCUACUCGUCUCAGCAACGGCACUAUCAGCAGCAGCAACAGCAGCCGUCGCAGCCACCGCCGCCACCGCCACCGCCGCACUAUCAGAGCCAAGAUCUAGUGAGCCCCACGUCUGGGAGCGAGCAUGCUGUCCCGGCCAGAAGCGAGAUCCUCUCGUCGUGCAUCAUCACCGAGUGGGACCACACCCUCAUGCCUCCUCAUAGACUGUUGAGUCAUGACCUGCCUACCGCCGUUUGUACCUGUAUCGCAUCGCCCGAGGAGGAGGAGGAGGAUGAGCUAGACCGACGGCAGCCGCAAGUAGCGCGGCACCAGGUGCGCAAGCUACGACGUACGCGCAGGAUAGACCCGCAGCCGAUACUCGUCGAGGACGAGGACGACGUGGAAGGUGAAGACGAGGGCGAGGAAGAGGAGGAGGAAGACGCGGAGCCUGAAGAGGACGAGGAAGGGAUGGCCAGGCAACGUCACCUCUACGAGACGGCCUUCGACUGCAAGGUCAAUCGCUCCGACGAUGAUCUCGACGAUCUCGACCGUGUGACCAAUCAUCCGGUGCUGCACUCGCAGAUGCGGAGCGGCAGCGCUGUGUUGUCGAGUAGAACGAGUUCAUCAACGGACCCGUCGAAGCAGCAACAUCAGCAAUCACUUCCUUACGCCGGCCAGUCGCAAUCAAGCAAGGACCAUCGACGCAAAGUCGUACUUCUCCGCCCAAAACCGAUUCCGAGCCGCCUACAGCAGCAGCAGCAGCAGCAGCAGCAGCAGCAGCAACAGCAGCAACAGCAGCAACAGCAGCAACAACAACAACAACAACAACAACAACAACAACAACAACAACAAUCGCAGCAACAACAAGACAAUAUAUCUACUCUGUCCCAGGAUGUCGAAUCCCUCCAUAUCAAUUCGAGCGAUGAGAAAACCGGCUCGCCAAGAUUACCCGCUCGCGAUUACACCCCAUCCCCUCCAUCUACCGCGCCUUUACCCGCGAAGUUUCACGGCAACCGAGACCACUUGCUACUGAACAUCCGCAGCGCGCCGAACUUGCCGUCUCAGCCGGACCACCCUCGGCUGAAGGACAUGCGAUUGCCUAUGAAAUCGUUGCGCGCCAAAGACUCGCCGCAGAGCAGCGAGGGCAGCAUUCUCGAGAUCAAGAGUCGACCGAAGACCUUCGUCCAAGAGAACAUCGAUUCCUCGCAGGGUCGCCGGUUCGACAAGGAGCUUAUUCUGGAGUUCAAGGGCAGGCCCCGGGAGGAGAGGCAACGGCCUCGCAGCUUGAUCCGCGAAAGUAGACCGGUGAUGGAGUUCAAGGGCAGGCCUCACGAGGCGGAAAGCGACGUGGCGCGGCCGCGAAGAGACGCCGGCCCGUUGGAGUUCAAGCUGCGCACCUCGAGACGUCGUGCCGGUUACUCCAGCACUGAGAGCAUGGCGACCAGCAGCAGCGGCGGCAGUAUGGAGUCCCUCCGGAGCAGCACCAGCGAGGGCAACCGGUCGACCAGCAGCUCCGAGAGUCGACACAGCACCAGCCUGAGCUCCCACAGUUCAGACAGCGGCGGCACCAACUGCUACCAUCACCAUCAGCAGCCGUCGUUGCCCGGUUUCCUGACCCAUCACGCCACCAAGCUGCACAUCCUCUCGCCCAUCUCCGACAAGUCGUCGCAGGAGCCGGCCUCGGAGACGUCCGACAACAAUCGCAACAACAACUCGCAGAAGGCCUCGCCCGAGGAGAGCGUCACGUCGGAGAACAACGUCAUCGCGGGCAACAACACGAACACGAACGCGGCUAAUACGAACGCCGUCACCACCUCGCCCAUGGACACGUCCUUCAAGAAGAGGCGAACGCCUCAGAACAAGAAUCUCAUCAAUCUGGCUCUGCAGUCGUCGUCGUCGGGCGACGCGGAGAUCCAAGGAUCGGACAGCGGUAUCUCCAUCGAGUCCCGCGCCGGAAUCAAGUGCAAGCCCUUCGGCUUCCACCUGCUGAAGCCGCAGUUGGACAAUAUCAACUUCGUCGACAACGAGCCGGAACUCUCGGAUCUGCCCUUCGACAUGCCGAAGCUGCGCAGGAGACGCCUGCUGAUGCAGCAGGACGCCACUACGUCCGGCAGCGCGACCAGCGUCGAUCUGAGAGACCUGCCGUUCGAUAUGCCAAAACUCAGGAAGCGGCUCAGAUGCACCCAGAGCACCGAGUCCAGCGCGUCUCAGGCGUCGUCCAGUCUCUCCGUGCGCGACGUGGAGCCGCCUCCUUUAUUCGGCGGCGGUUUGGCGCGUCCGAAAAUGACUCUGAAUCUCGACGCCGGUGGGAACGCGGCGGGCUCGGAGGGAAACGCGAGCAGUCAAUUGGCGCCGAAGAAACCCGGCGGCCUGAGCCUCGGCUUGCCCCUGGAAAUCAGCACCGCUCGAGGAUCGGCCGAUCUGGUCGACGUGGAGCUGCCGUUAGAGAGGCAAGGGUGGUAUCACGGCUCCAUUACGCGAAUCGAAGCGGAAGCUGUUCUACGACUUCUACGAGAGGGAAGUUACCUGGUGAGGAACAGCGAGUCGACGAAACAGGACUAUUCUCUGUCUCUAAAAAGCGCUCGCGGUUUCAUGCAUAUGCGCAUCCAGAGGAACGAGGAGCUGAACGCCUACAUCCUGGGACAGUUCAGCAAGCCGUUUGAAAGUAUCCCGGAGAUGGUCCGUCACUUCAGCGUGAAUCGUCUUCCGAUACGCGGUGCCGAGCACAUGUGUCUCCUGCAUCCGGUCAUAGCUCAGCUUUUGUAGCGCAUCUAUCGUAGCGCCGUUUAAGGCGCUGUACAACACUUUUGAUAACCCACUUUUACUUUUCCGACGACGAGUGCCGAAAUAAUAAUACGCCGGCGCGGUCGCAACGAAGCGAGCUUGACAGCUUCCCGGCGCGGGAACGGGAUGUGCACCCGUGCUGCACCCGUGGGGAAUGUUACGUUCCCUCCGAACGAGGGAGUCUUCCGCGAGUAUACGCGAUACGUGCUCUCGAGCUGUUCGAACUUUUUCCGCGAGACCCUCCGUAUCAAUUCGCAUUUCCGAUCGAGCGAACCGUUCCGCACGAGAAAAGCGUCAGAGAUAAUGGACAAUAAUGGCUUCGAGAUCGAGGUGAUAGGAGUACAGUACAAAAGUAUAAAAGCUGAACGAGAGGAGCGAAGCUCUCGUCAACGAUACGCGCUGGCGAUCGAUCGCAGGGACGGGGAGAACGCCCAGCUCGGUGCGAUUAGUUACGAGAGGCCAAGAGAGGCGAGCCAGGGGGGCGAGAUAUAACGUGCACACGUAUGAAGAAUCAUCUCGAAUUCAGGGCUCAGGGCUCAGGGCGGGGGCAGCUUCCACAGUACUCACGUACAUGUAAUACCGUCGUAGUCGUUUUCGACAACGCUUUAUCUUCGCAUGCCUAUGGUGGUCGAGUCUAAAUUUAUACCGCGCGAUAGGAUUAGAAUCGGAUCGGCGGGGAAACGGCGAGAAAUGUAUGUGUCCGAGACACUCGCGCGUGACAGCGUCGAGAUCUCGACGGACGCGCUUCGUCGUCCUCGCGUAAGAUCCUCGCGCAAACCUAUCUCAUAGGCAGACGUAAUGCAACGCAGCACCGAGAGUGUAGAGUGAAAGCUUGCGAUACUACGGAGAUCCUUGGUUUUUCUCAGCGGGAGCUUGGCAGAGAGCGAUAUUACCUGUGAGACGGAUACACGAAUAUUACCACUCGACUCGCGACGCGCGCGCGGUGACAGCUCGCUCGCGAGAACUCUCGCGAGGAGAUCGCUGAGAGAGGUACUGCGCGAGAGAAAGUGUCCUCGACGGCGUUCCCCGGCUGUUUCGUCGAUGACUUAUUAAUUAAACGGUUGUUCCUCGAAUUCGCGGCUACGCGGAUUUUCUACGAAAGAAAACUCUAGAUGGGAUCAGAAACGCUGAUUUGCGAAUCGGUAGUUUAAGUAAGGAAAAGGGUAAUAUGUACUUAGGUUUAAAACGAAGGAAUGUCGCGCCUGAGACGGCAGCCUGACAUGGCACGAGUUCCGGAAGCCAAAGUAAAGCUAAUCCUAAUAUUCAGCCGCAGAAUGUAGAUUGAACGGGCGGCAGACGGCUGGACGAUGGCGCGCGGUGAGCGCGAAGAAAAUGCCAAACUUUACUUCUAAUCGUAAUUGUUUAGUCAGGGUUUAGUUGUCCGUCGUCGUUGAUAAGCGGUCGUUAGGUUUAGGCAGGUAAAAGAGCGUAUGUACAUACACGAGACCAAAUUUUCGUUCUACAUUAACGCUGCAGAUAUCAUUAAACUUUAAAUACCGAUGGAGAAUCUUGAAGUACCGAAUGUUAUACAGACUAUUGUUCCUUGAUGUUAAAAAUGAUUAUUUACCGCCGUUCAAUUAUUAUAAACCGCUGUUUAAAGAAGACCUAAUUUAAAAAUUAUAUUUCAUCUUCCGUCAGAGAGUUCCUUCCCAACUACGUCUGCGCGUCUGCAUUUAAUUAUUGCUUUUAACUUCAACAAAUUUUAUAUUAUGUAAUUUAUGUAGAUAAGGAAUACACACAGAUUAACAAAUAUUAAAUGAUUUAAUAAAAAGUACAAUAGAUAAAUGGCUAGAUAAAAUAACAAAUUUUCAACUUUUUUCUAUUAUUCUUUUUUAUUGGCAUAUAAAUUUCGAUAAGGAUUGAAAAUUCAAGGGAUGGGAAAGAGGAAUUGUAAGCUUCAUCCUAUAUUCUGUUCUGAAAUCAACUCCUGGUCAUCCUUAUAAAUUAAACCUUCAAUGGAUACACAGGAAAAAAUACAAUUCAAUAUCGGGAGCAUAGUGUUGAUUAAUAAUUGCAUAAUAACCGAGAUUGGUCGUUGAUGCUACGAACGACAAUUUCGUUAAUCGUCCUAAUAAUUUAACAUUUUGACACAUUGAUCACGUCUAAACUCCUUGAAGAUACUCCAGUCAAAAUUUGAAAUCUAUUUUAAGAUCGGAGUUCAUAGACUCUCGUCAUCAUUUAAUAAAUAUUUAUAACCUCAUGAAUCUCUGAUUAUUUAUCAAUAUAUACUUGUAUUAUACAACAAAGAAUAUUGAUCCAUAUAAUCGAACAUAUAAUAAACUAUAUCAAUAUGGAUCCGCAAUCUAUGAGCCGUAUUCAAUCAAAUAUAAAUAAUUUACGUCUAUGAAGUAGCAGAUGUCGAAAAUUUGUUUCUUUCUAAUAAUAAUAAUGUUUCCCGAGCUGCAAAUCCCAUCUUGAAUCUACCGAUGUAUUCUUCUCCCUUCCGUUUAGCCUCAUCGUCAAAUUCAAGUUGGAUUCCUUGUUAAUGUUUACACACCUGCUAUCUUUACAACUCCUUCUCUCUUACUGCUUUUGAUUCUUAAAAUCCUAUCGAAAAAUUCCCAAUGUCAAAUGCUUCUUCAAAUACUCAAUGUAUUGGAAAAAACUGCAAUAAGUAAACACUUAUAGCCACACAGAGCAUCAUAAUAAUCUAUACUACAUCUCGAGAUUCUUCAAUAAUUUUCAAGUUCGAUGAAAUCUACAGGAUUAACGUAGAAUCAAAAUUCCAACUCGAGUACGUCGCAUCGGUAGUCGUUACGAGUACUGGACGAGACGAGCGACGCAAGACGAAGGUUUCUCGUGACCUCGAGGAGAAACGCAAGAGAAAUCGAAGAAGUAAUGCGCGAAGAUUCACGGGCUGCAUCGAUCGGUAGAAAGAGACGGUCGAGGUUAGCCGAUACGAAUAGUCGAUGACUCGUCAUCCGAGUCAUCCGUCCGAUAGUCGUCCCUGACUCGUGGGAGAUUUUUGCGAUAGGAUGCAACCGAUACAUAUUUUUUCAUGUGAUAUUAAUUUGUUACAGAGAUAGCCUAGUUUCACCUGUGAUCCGUUACUUAAUUCCCUUUGUUCGCGCGCGCCGGCGCCCCAGCGCGCCCGUAAGCGCGCGGAACGAUAAUAAUGAUAAUAAAUAAUUAAUCUCGCUAUUAUAUUACGUAGCCAGCAACGAUGCGCCAGUUCGGUGCAAUGACGAGACGUCCGUGGUGUUACAAUAAUUUUUCGAGUUAGGAUUUCGAUUCGCGCGCGCGCUAGUUGUGAGCGGAAACUUUCGUUGGCGCCACUGCGCUGCGAGUGAUCGCGCACGCGCGGUGCAGUGGUUUUACUUAACAUUAGACGUAGAGGGAACCUUUUACGACGGGUAGCGAGUGCCAGCACAUCACCUGGAACAACCGAUAGACUCAUUCGAACACACUCAACUGGCUCGGCUUACGCGCACGCGUACGUAGUGCGUACGAUGCGUUUAUAGUUUCCCGAUUAGAACGCAAACCUUUACGAAAAGAAAAGAAAAAAA